GAGAGCCUGGGGCGCCCCCCUGCAGGGUACCAGCGCCGGGCACACCCCUCCCCCCCGGCGCUAGCGGGGAGGCGGCUCCGCUCUCACAACAGCGGCGCCCGGGAGCUGAACGCCGUCGCCGGGGAUUGCGGUGCCAGAGGCGGGGAUCGGGGUUAGAGGAGCCGGGCCGGGCUGGGCGCCGCACCAUGCUGCCCCCGCUCUCCCCGCGCCCGUCCGCCUAAGGGCGGGGAGCCCGCGCCAGCUCCCGGUGCUGCCAUGCUGCCGGCGCUCCGCUAGGCGAGCCCGGCUCCAACAGCGGCUCGGGACCUGACGGGCGGGGAUCGCUGCGCCUCACCCCGGGCGGCGGCACCAUGAGGAACGGCGAGGACCUGGAAGGCUUCGAUGGCGAAGCGUCCAGCACCUCCAUGAUCUCCGGGGCCAGCAGCCCUUACCAGCCCACCACCGAGCCCGUCAGCCAGCGCCACGGGUUGGGCGGCCUCCGCUGCGACCUGGACUAUCUGCGGGGCGCUCUCGGCAAGAUCAAGAUCACCGAAGUGGUUUUGGCACUGAUUUCAUUCAUCUGCAUAGAGACCAUCAUGGAAUGCUCCCCUUGCGAAGGCCUUUAUUUCUUUGAGUUUGUGAGCUGUAGUGCGUUUGUAGUUACUGGAGCUUUACUGCUUAUGUUCAGUCUAAAUCUUCACACAAGAAUACCACAGAUCAACUGGAAUCUUACAGAUCUUGUCAACACUGGACUCAGCACUUUCUUCUUUUUCAUUGCAUCUGUAGUACUUGCUGCUUUGAACCAUAAAACUGGAGCAGAAAUUGCUGCUGUGAUAUUUGGUUUCUUGGCGAUGAUAGUGUAUGCUGUGAAUAUGUAUUUAGCUGUUAAAGAAUGGCGAAUGAACAGCAGACAGCAGAACAGCCGGCAGACAAGUGAUUACAUUCGUGCUCGGACAGAAUCAAGAGAAGUAGAUCACCGCCCUGAGAUUCAGCGUCUGGAUGCGUGAAAACUACAGCGGAGUGGGACUGCAAAGAGGGGAUAGAAAACAGCAACUUUUUAUUUCGCUUCAUCAAGUGAAGUUUUAUAUAGUUUGAAGUUUUCAUUUUUUAGGAAGAGUCUUGGCAGAGAUAAGCUGACCAUUUAUAUGUACAGAGAGAGAAAUUGAUCUACAUUUAUUCAGAAGCUAUUGGCUUGGAGGCUAUAAUUAUUGGCCAUUCAAAAGCACGAUCUAUAUACAAUGAUUACAUAUAUAUCUGAUGUAUGUUAAUAUUUUAGAUUAAACACCUGCAUAGUACUUCUUUCCAGGUACCAGCUCUAGAGAGACUUGCGCACUCUGCCACUAUUUCAUCACCCAGUAGGAAUGUUAUGAUCAACGUUGUGUUGUUCUGUUAAAAGAAAGAAAUAUUCCAAAACUUAAGUACAUUUUAUUGCAUAUGAAAAGAAAGUGAGGGACAAAUAGCAAUAACAUAAGCCAGCUUUAGCAUACACCAACACUUUAUACACUUCCUCAUGCAGCUUUGCCAAUGCAAUUCACUUCUCACCUGCAGGACUUACCACAGUUCCAUCCUUGGUGCAUUUUGUAGCUGACACAGGCAGUCACGUCAGAUAUUUGGGCUGGUGGAUUGGUGAUAUGGACAGACACACUAUAGACUAUUCUAAAACCACCAAACUCAUUUCUUAUGACCUCAGCCAGAUUUUGACUAGUGCUUUCACCUGAUGCACAGUCAACACAACCCAUCCAACACUAGUAUGUAGGUGUCUACUCGUGUUUGAAUAUGUAUUACAUGAUUUUCAUUCAUGAAAUACUUUUGGGGGGUUGUCAGGUAAUAGAGACUACACCCCAAUCAAGGUUCAUUUUUUAUUUCAAGGUUCAGUCAUCUGGGAAUUUUAAGGAAAUCAAGAGCCACCAAAAAUACAUGAUGUAUAUAUUGUAGGAUAUUCCAAGACUAUGACAUGUUUUGUGUAGGCUAAAUACAUUUUAUGGCAUAUUCUGGUUUUAGGUUGGUUGUUCUGUUAAAUUAAAAUUGGUUGGUAGUAGGUAAAAUAAUUUGGUUUAAUGCCUACAUUGGACAUAGCUAUAAAACAUUUUUAUAAUGUUCCUUUGAAGCUAAUUUUAGGUAACAAGGACUUAUGGGUGGUUGAACCUAUUGUUUUUCUCUGUUUGCUUCUCAUCUUUACAGGCCGUUUUCCUAGCUCAAAUUUUCUCACUUCCAUUGAACUUUCAGUGAAGAGAAGACUGUAUUCUCUGGUUAUUGAAUUCUGCAAUAAUAUGUCUAGAACCUUAAUCAUAAUUUUAUUAGGGAGACUUCACCAAUAUCGUGUGUGUCCCAUGUAAUAAUGGGUUGGCAUAUGGAUAAGUGCUUACAACAGCUUUCUCAUUUAUUGUAGAUGGGAACACAACAUCAUGCCACCCCCAGUGGAGUCAAAUGUAAACCUGAUGUACUUGAGUAAGAUCUUCAUGGAAGUCAGUGAAGUUGUAUACACUCACACCAGAUCUGAGUUUGUUCCACAGACUUUUAGCAUUGUAUUCAUGUGUAACUAUUCCCAGUAUGGGUUGAUGUUUACACCAAUACAUAGUUGGAAUCAUAAGUAUAAGACACUGUCAAGUCAAUUUUAAGUGCAAAAUGUAGAUUUUUUUUUUCCAAACAGUUUUACCAAUCCUAAAGUUAAUAGAAAUGUUUACAUGAAACAUUUUUUUAUUUUUUGUAAUUCCAAAAAAACAGGGAAGGUUCUAGAUUUGAACAUUCUACACUUCACAAAGCAGGCAAUGCAAGCUUUGUGCUGAUGCAUGAAAACCAGAAAGUGAGACUGUUUCUCUCUUAUCAUUCUCCAACUUGUUUGCUAUUUGCAAGCAUUCCACAGAAACUAGAUCUUUUUAAAAUUCUGUUUUAAUAAUUAAAUUAAAGGAAAUUUUUAUCAUAUCAUAUUUAAUGUUAUAUUUUACGUUUCACUGAAAGUUGUAACUGAAGAGAGUGCUGAGUUUAGAGUCUAAUAGUUGAAGUUCUAAUGAUCGUUUAGAGUGGUUAAGAACAUAGGUAUUUUAUUAAUUAAUUCCAGUGAAAGCUAGCUUUAAUGGGGUGUCACAUGAAAAAUGACUCAUAAUUCAGUAUGGUUAGCAGUGCGGAAUGGAAGUCUGCACGGUGCCCAUUGGACAAGUUCUUUUUUCAGCAUGCUGUGCCAAGCAUUGACGGGAUGAUAUAAUUGGGGUAGUUCGUAGAUGUUGCAGUUU